AUGCCUCCCAAAGGAUCGCGCGUCGUCCACCACGACAAUGACUCGAGAUCCGACGGCUCGAGUUCGAAGACCAACCACAACACGGCGAAGAACAAGCGCCCAAACGGCACAAGCAACCUCCGUGAUGCGAAGAGCGUGAACGACCCGACUGCGGCACAGAAUGCCUCAUCUAGCAAUGGAGUGAGCACAGNNUUCACAUGGGCUCAAGAAGACCUGUCUCUCUUACAACAAUACCGCGCCGCACAUCGCAUGGAAACACCUUCAGCAUUCAACUCGAUACGCAACCAGUUCCUACUCAGCAACCCAGGCAUCGGUAGACAGUCACCGACCAUGGCAAGGCGCAAAGCAAAGAGGAAGGUGCCCAAGGAACAACUCGCCAUGGCAGUAAGGGNNAAGAAUUUCAACGACGCAGCCGUCAACGAGAUUGACGUUAUGGUUGAUCUGCUGUACAAAGUGCGCAACCAGGACAAAGCGUUCCGGCUCCGAUCGGCGCCUAACAGAAGUAACAAGUGA